CGCGCAGAGCAAAGCGGGUUGGUCAGGUGGGGAAGUAUAAAAAGUCGUGACUGCUGUACACAUGUUUGUGCUUUCUUCCCAUCACAUACGUAUCGCACCAUGGAGGGAGGCAGAUUCCAGAAUAUCCGGGUUUAUUGGCUCGCGUUCGUCGUGUACUGGGGGAUCGUGUUAUUCGGUUAUGAUACUGGUGUCGGCGGCGGUGUUGUUAAUAACCCGUACUUCCAGCAACAUUUCGGAAUGUACAACGCCGAUGGAACGCAGGACACCCAUAAAGUAAACAACAUAUCAUCAAAUGUUGUGUCCGUUCUCCAGGCUGGUGCUUUCUUUGGCGCCUUGGGUAGCGUGCCGAUAUCUCCCAAGCUCGGGAGAAGAUACACUUUACUCGUAUAUUCUCUCUUCUUUUGUAUCGGUGCGAUUCUAACGACCAUAGCCGAGUCCCCUUCAAAUGGUCUUAAGCUUAUCUAUGGAGGGCGAGUCAUCUCUGGUGUUGGAAUAGGUGGGAUUUCGGCUAUAGCUCCAGCCUAUGUCUCCGAGUGUUCCCCCAAAGAAGUCCGAGGACGGAUCACAGGGAUGUUCCAGAUCAUGGUGGCCACUGGAGUCAUGCUGUCCUACUUCAUUAACUAUGGUAUUGGUAUUCAUAUUGCCGGCGGCACUGAUGUAUGGAGGAUCCCAUUCGGGUUCCAGCUUGUACCGGCUGGUAUCAUGACCUUUGGAUUGUUGACCAUCAAGGAAUCGCCUCGUUGGCUUGCGUCAGUUAACCGAAAAGAUGACGCCCUCAAGAACCUCGCAUAUCUGCGACGGCUUCCACCCACUUCUGAACAAGUGCUGCACGAGAUGGCCGAGAUAGAAGCCGUUGUUGAGGAAGAGCGCUUAGCUCGCGAAGGUCUGCAUUGGAAGGAAGCCUUUUUCGGAAAAGGCAACUUCAUUCGAUUCGUGAUCGCCUUCGUCAUUUUCCUCUUGCAGCAAUGGUCUGGUCAAAAUUCUGUGAACUACUACGCUCCCCAGAUUUUCGCAUCCAUCGGUUAUACUGGUACCAAAAAUUCCCUUCUAGCAUCAGGAAUCUACGGUGUUGUUAAAUUGGUAUCCACAUCCUUAUUCGUCUUCUUCGGCGUUGAAUGGCUUGGACGAAAACUAUCCUUAACAAUUUCCGCAUUUGGAAUGGGUAUCUUGUUCUAUAUCGUUGGAGCACUUCUAAAGACACACCCACCACCCGCGACUAGUUCCUCCGAUACCUCGGUAGUAUCCCCUGAACCAGCCAGCCAAGCCAUGGCGGCUAUGCUGUACAUAUAUGUUUGCUUCUACUCGAUGGGAUGGGGACCACUACCGUGGGUUUACGUAUCAGAUAUCUUCCCAACAAGGACAAGGCAUUACGGCUUAGCAUUAGCUAGUGCUUCUCAGUGGCUGUGGAAUUUCGUGGUAUCCAAGGUCACUCCAGAUAUGGUCACCAAUCUGGGCUGGAAGCUUUUCGUAAUGUUUGCUACCGUAAACGUCGGCGCAAUGGGCCUAUUUGCAAUUCUAAUCCCAGAGACGAAGGGCCGUAGUCUUGAAGACAUGGAUGUUAUUUUCGGUGCGAUCAGCAAGGAAGAGCGAGACAAGAACAUCAUCAAGCAAGAACACGAACUUGAAGCGAACGAUCAUUCAAGCAUGCACCAGAAAGUCUGAGCUUCAUGUUUCAAAAUCAUGACCAAGAAUGCUCCCAGACUCUAUGAAUGACUCUGAUGAUAUGCAGUUCCUGUUUUGUAUUUUUAAUCAAAAUGUCCACGGUUUUCGGGCGUUCAACGACUAGACCAUCCAAACUUGGCAACUUUUUGGUUUGAGGGACCAUGAGUGUCAGGUAGAUCGACCACUCGAUCGUUUACACUCGAUCGCCUUCUGAGAUCGAGAUCUUAACGAGGAUGAAUCGACACCCUUUUCAAUCGUUGUAGGAUCGUUUUUCAACUUACCCGGCAUGUAGUUCCAUGCCCCUCAGCUAGGAAA